AUGACUUGGGACCUGGUUUCUUCGAAAGUCAACCUCAGAGGAUACUUAAGCUUCCCCUCAGAUGUACAGUUUUGGCUGAAUUCAACCAACACAUACCGCGUUGUAUUCAUUCAGGCGUGUAUACCUAUUCAGGCCUCAUGGUUUGUCGUCACAGGAUCAGACUUCGAGAUUGAUGCACAUAACACCGGAGGGAUUCAGGGAAACGGCCAGACUUGGUGGUCGUAUUUUGCAACCCAUACUCGUGAAGACGGUGACGGUAGACCUAUUGCCCUGACUGUCUUCAACGCAACACGGGCGACAAUUAAGAAUUUCCGCAUUGAAUCACCUCCAUUCUGGUCGAGCGCAGUUGCUCAAUCGCAGGACGUAGUCUUCGAUGGCAUGUAUAUUAACGCAACAAACGAGGAUCCCUUAUAUAUUGGGAAGAAGUAG